AUGGAAAAAAACAUAGAGGAGCUGCUGGCGGAAGUUAAGGGUAUCAAGGAAGGCCUCAAUGCCCUUACAGAGGCUGUGGGCUCCCUAACGGCCUACGUAAGGCAGUCGGCCAAAGUGGAGACGAGACGAGUCGAGACCAUGGAGAGCUCCUUCCCCCUAAACACUGCCGAGGACCUCCAAGAGAUCGACGGAAAACUAGGGGACCCACAUUCGGAGAACUAUACAAAGCUGAUGGUGACAUUACUAAAAAAUGGAAGGCUGAGCCGUUCCAUAUUAAACGUGAUGUCAGAGGACAUUGUUCUGUCCCACAAUUUGGAGGGGGGCCAGAACAAGAAGAAGCUCAAAGCUUACCCAAACUGCGUACCCGCCUUGUUAAAUGCAAUAGCUCUAGUGGAGCCCUCGGAGCCUCCCGCAAAGGCACUGCUAAAAGCAAUGAGGUGCGUUAAAAACUUAAGUUGCACAAAAAAAAGUCAACGCCGGCCCCAGAUGCUGAAGAGCCAACGACCCCGCUAA